AUGGUCGCGAGAAAGCGCGGUCGGGAUGAGAUGGAGACGGAAGCGCCAGUCGAGGAGCCGACCACGCUGCAGAAGCUACGCAACAUGUGGCAGUUCGCGAACCUGGCCCAAUACAUUUUCCUGUUCAAAGGGGCUCUGAAGAUUGACGAAGACUUCGGGAUUGAGGAACUAGAGACAGAAUGCCUCACGCCUCAGCCCUCGCAGAUGCUGGCCGCUAUCGGUCUUGCCCUGCUCAAGCAUGUCUCGUCGCACAAAGGCCUCACACCCGAGAUUUUUGAUGAAUACACGCGACGCCAGUUCGUGGCGAAAGCCCCGGCGCGCAACCCUUUCGGCACUGAGGAGGUUCCCAAUAGGUUUGACGACUUCGACGUCUUCACCAAGAUCAGAGUACUUCAACAACUGUCUGUCUGGACGCUGAACAACCCAAACACCAUCAGGGAACGGCUCAACCCGACUGAGGCGGAGCAAAUAGAUUGGCGCUUCAAUCCCUUCGGAUACGAUUCAAAAGGCCGCACAAUCUUCGUGCUUGAUGACAUGCGCAUGUAUCGCCGGACCGACGCGCCGCCCCCGCCGCCCCCCCAAAAAGCCAAGUCGAAAGCCAAAGCUCGCAAAUCGCGCUCGUCACGGACUUCCAAGAGGAGGAAGACUUCCACACCAGAGCCUGAGGAGCCUGAAGAGGUGGACGAAGUCACUGAGGGGAACGAUGCUGAAGCUGAGGACGAUGGCUUCGGCGGCAUGCAAUGGGAAUGUGUCUGCAUCACAUAUGAAGAUUACCAGGACUAUCUGACCGGCAUCCGCAAGAGCCGCCACCCCGAUGAGAAGCAAUUAUAUAAGGACCUAGAAGCAGACAUCAUACCGGAGCUUGCCAAGGUGGCAGAAGCCCAGGCCAGGAAAGAAGCCAAGAAGAUGAGGGAGCUUGAGACCCUUCAGAAGCUUGCUACCGCCAAACGUUCGUCAAGAAUCUCUGCGAAAAUGGACAGGCAACGGGAGAUCGAGGAGGCUGAAGAGGCAGCGCGGAAACGACAAGAAGAGAUUGCCAUGGCAAAAGCUGAACAAGAGAAGCAGCGUCAUAUGGAAGAUGCACAUGAGUCUCGCAGACAAACACGAGAGCAACGUAUUCGCGAGCGCGAGGCCCAAAAGAUCCUACAAGAAGAGAACCUCCGGAAAUUGGAAGAAGAUGAGAAGAAACUGGCUUCAGAGGAGGCAAGACUAUCCGAACGCCAUCUUACAGCACAGAUGAAGAAGGCCAAGAGAGAUCUAGAGAGACUGAAGGAGAAAGAGUACUGGCUUUUCGACUGUGAGAAGUGCGGGCUGAAUGGAGAAUGCAUCGAUGACGGCAAGCCCCAGAUUCAGUGCGACGAGAAAGAUGGAUGUGGCGUAUGGCAGCACUCGGCCUGUCACGGCAUAUCUGCAAAGCGGGCAGAGGCAGAGGAUUUCAAAUUUCUAUGCGCUUCAUGCACACGAAAGCAGCAAGCCGCAAAGGAACCUAAGCUUGCUCUUAAACUUAGACUAACAUCUGCCUCACCCAACGCGCAACGCACUCUGCAGACGAAUGGCACCGUGCCAAAGGAACCCUCUCAGCAGCUCAACGCCGUCGAAGUGCCCCCUCAACCGUUUCCUCAAUCCCCCGAACGUCCGUUCAAUCCUGGCCAUUCUCUGAUGAACGGUCCCAGUCUCUCGCCUCGAGGGCAAGCUCUUGGUCCUCCAGGUAUCCAGCGAUCAGAGGCAGCAUACGGUUCGCCAUUGAUACCUGCCGGCAGCAGUUCACCGACUCGCCCUCGGCAGCCCAGUGUACACGGUGGCGCCAAUGGAUUUCCCGGUUCAUCACCACCUAGGCUCCCUCCGCAUGCCAUCAGCUCCUUCAACAAUGGCACGCCGGGGUCACGCCAGAAUGGGAGUCCUUUCAACACCACAAACCCCUUUCAAUCGAAUUUCCACCCCACAUACAACAGCAGCUUCAGUCGACCCACGUCUGCUGCCGGCACCACAUCCUUUGGCUCUCCUGUAAAACAUUCUUCACCUCGUCCUGUCAACGGUGUGCCGAACGGCUACAACUUCACGAAUAGCCCUUACUCUUCCUUUCCCCCUAGCAAUGUCCAAGCUUCGGCUAUGUCCCCCAUAAAGCACAGCUCACCGCCGCCACCGCUUCCUCAGAUGUCAUCGCCGGCGCCAGCUCCUGUUUCAUUCAUUGCGCCAUCCCCAAGCCAGAUGCCUGCACAGAUAUUGCCGGAUCCAAUCCCUGCGCCGUUAAAGCAUGACGGCGCACGUCCGCCAUCGAGUCACGAGGUGUCAGAGACCCACGUAUUCCCGCCACUCAAGGCCUUAUCGCCAAUCGUUCCUCCUCAAAAUCUCAGUCCGCCCACGAAGAAGUCGUCGCCGGCACCACUACGGACAUACGACGCAUCAACGAACGGGAACCCUUUUGACAGCUCCAACUAG